UUCUCCUGAGUGUGUUCUCCUCCUCAGGUACCCAGACUCAUGGUAUCGUGACAUCACGUCCAACAAGAAGUUCUUUUCCCUCGCGGCGACGUACAGAGGCGCCAUCGUGGGAAUGAUCGUAGCUGAGAUAAAAAGUAGGACCAAGAUACACAAAGAGGAUGGAGAUAUUCUAGCCUCCAACUUCCCUGUUGACACCCAAGUUGCGUACAUCCUGAGUCUGGGCGUGGUGAAGGAGUUCCGUAAGCACGGCAUAGGUUCCCUUUUACUUGAAAGUUUGAAGGAUCACAUUUCUACCACCGCCCAGGACCACUGCAAAGCCAUCUACCUGCAUGUCCUUACCACCAACAACACAGCAAUAAACUUCUACGAGAACCGGGAUUUUAAGCAGCACCACUACCUCCCCUACUACUACUCCAUCCGGGGGGUCCUCAAGGAUGGCUUCACCUACGUCCUCUACAUCAACGGUGGCCACCCUCCAUGGACAAUCUUGGACUACAUCCAGCACCUUGGCUCUGCGCUAGCCAACCUGAGCCCCUGCUCCAUCCCACAGAGACUCUACCGCCAGGCCCACAGCCUGCUCUGCAGCUUUCUGCCCUGGCCCAGCAUCUCAGCCAAGGGCGGCAUCCAGUACAGCCGAACCAUGUGAGGCCACUUGCCAGUGGACCCUGUUGAGCCUGCCCUCCUGGCCAUCUAACACCCCCAAGGUUCCUGGGGAAGAGCCCAUCAGCCUGCUUCAGCUGCAGGCCUGGUGCUACGCGGGCUCCGGAGAGGCCUGGGUGAGGCCAGAGUGUGGCUACUGACAGCUCCUGCUGCUGCUGAAACCUCUGCCUCUCCCUGGAGACCCCUCCCACCACCUGAGCACCCUUCCACCCCUCCUGGUACGCCCCUGGGCCAGCCAGGAAGUCUGUCUUCACUGUGGUCUGCCCUCUUCCACACCGCUGCCGUCCUUGUCAGCCCCUCCACCGUGGCCUUGCUACUGGGAGGAGGAUUGCAAGUGUUGCGCACAGACUGGACCCUACGAAUGGGAGCAAGGUCUCAGCCCAGCAGGAGCAGCAGAAGGGCAAAGCCCCACCCCAGCCUCUGCAAGAGCCAUCCUGCAGGAGCCCAGCCCCUCACGGGAGGCUGCCCUGAGGGGAGCCAAGCACCAGACUCCUGCUCUGCACCCAGUUCCCUGGCAGAGCACACCCAGGUCACCGUCUUGGCAUCUCUACUCUGCUCCUCAGUGGGGCUCACUUCCCACUGUCCCUGAGAUAUGGGAACCGUGAACUGCAGCCCAGAGCUGACUGGGGUCGUGACUUUGAGGCCUGGAGACGUGUGACAGUGGCAGGAAUGGGGAACCUGGCCUGGGGGGGUCUGUGCCCACCAUGAACCCAGGCAUGCAGCCUGUGUCCUUGGUGUGUUUCUAUGUCUUUUCCCCCCAUGUACCCCCAGGCCCCUGGCUGCCUCCCCCACGUCCCCAGCAUCUCCCCCUGCCACCAUGGGAGUCCUGGGACAGAGAAAGAGCGGGCCUGUGCUUGAGCGCCAUGCCCCCUCGGACUCCCUGGCCCAGAGACCAGGUGCUGGCGCCACCUCGGCUGCUCGGCUGCCUGCCUGAUGGGCUCCCAGCCUCUGCCGAUGCCAGUGGGACAGCAGCCCCAGCUCUGUGUCCUCAUCUGAAUCAGUGGUCACCCUGUGAUUAUGUCUGCUCCGUGGGGUAAGAAAAGAGCCUUCUGGAAGGUUCUGCCAUGAACUUCAUCACCAAGCUCUACCCUGCCCCUGCCCCUAAUCACUGCAGUGUCAACCAGCCCUUUUUGUCUGAUCACAAAUAAUAAAGAGACUCGAGUCGGUCA